GAUGUCACGCUGAGGCAGUCCGUAUGUUUGGAGCUGGACGGCAGGUCCAUCACAGGAGCAGAGCCACUCCCCUUUCCUGAGCUGAGCUUGGAGGGGAAACCCAGGUUUUGAUAAGUUUCAUUUCACUUAGAAGACGGUCUCUCGUCGGAUUCAUACCCAGAUGCCUGCUCUUCUCACACAUCCCCAACCUGAAAAGAUGGCAAGCUCCAAAUCUUCUCAGACUCCAUGUUACAUCGUUAUCGCCUUCCUGGCCCUGUGGUCUAUCAUCUCUAUUAUCAUUAUUGUUGUAUGGGCCACUUCGCCCGAGAUGAAAGGAGCCAGUCAGUGUCGGACGGAGAUGAAAGCCCUCAAGGAGAGUCAUGAAGGGGAAAAAAUCGUGUGGACCAAAGAACGAAAAGCUUACGAGGAGCUGGUGAGACAGGGAUCGAGUAACCAGUCUGCUCUACUGAAGCAAAUCGAGCAGUACAAGGAGCAAAUACAGUUUGUGAACAUCUCUUUGAACGCCAGCCUUCAAGAAAAUGUCAUUAUGAAUGGAAACAUCACGAUUUUGGAAAGCAAAAUCGAAGAAUACAAGCUCAUCAAGGAAAACCUCACUGCUGUAGUCAGCCUGCAGAAAGACAAGAUUGAAGCCCUGGAGCACAAUCUGACUCUGAAGAUUCAGGAGAUGGCAUCUUGUGAGGCUCUACACCUUGCUUCUACGCAUCUCCAAACUGCCGCGGAGAAACAGAAACAAGUCUGCGAGACCUCCAAUCAAUAUUUAGAGAAGCAACUGAAGGAAUGCAAAGGUGUGGACCAACAUAAACAUGAAAAUAAUGAUCAACUCAUUGACAGCGGAGCCCAAGGAAUCACCACGAGUAGUGUUACACUGGCCAUGAUCGUUUGCCUUAGUCUGCUUUUGGCACCAUAGACCAGAGGAAGGCUGGAUGAAGGAGUAUUUGGGUGCAUGUUUCAGUGGAACACUGUUCUGAGGACACCGCUCAGGUGCGCUUGUAACCCUGGAUUUGAAGCACAUUUAAAUCUUCAUUUGGAAGUGCUGAUGCCAAAUUUAUGAUUACAUGUAGUUAAUGAAGGUGUUUGUUUUGCAAAUUUUUUUGGUGGCACGGCUGAGAGCAAUGGAGAAUUUUCACCUUAUCCUUCAAACAUAUGCUGUACUUCUUUGGUGGUCACUUUUGUUUGUUUGUUUUUAUUUGGAAAAAAAUAUACGAAUGUUAGGGUCUAGAUGUAUCUGAAUUGUAUUUAUUUUUGUUUGGAGAAACAAGACCAAUAUGCCAAUGAUAUAUUAAUGUUAAGAGCUAUUCAGAUAUUUGAUCGCACUGUUUUACCACUGUCUUUUUUUGUUGUUGUUUUUUAAAGAAUUUCAAUUUUGAAAGCUAUUUUUGAAUAAAGUUAAAAUGUUGACUCUCUAA